AUGCGCUGGCACUGGUGCUUGUUGGCGACGGCCGCUUCGGCCUUGCAGACCGUUCAAUCCCUUCAACUUCCUCCAACCCUCCAAUUACUGCCUCCGGUAGACCUGGUGCAUGCUGAUAUCGAUGUCCACAAACAGGGCGCCCCUCGCGGAUUCUCCGUGGCCACCACCAACAAGGUGAUUUACGUGCAGGCCGACUUCGCAGCGUGGAAGGAUCAAGAGGGCCUAACGCUUAUCCCACCAUCGGUCUGGGAAUUUGCGUGCACAUUUCGUGAUGAUCUCCAAGAGGUGACCAACGCCUCCUGGGAGCUUCGCACGGCCGGCGAGCUGCCCCGCGACGCGACGGGCGUGUUCCUCGGCCGAUCCUCCUGGGCCCCAUCCCAAUUUACGUACGAGGAUGGAAAGCCCACCGAAGAAGGAUAUACAAUGGUGGUAGAGAAUGAUCGGGUCGUGAUCGAGGGCUCAGGGGCGCGCGGUAUGUGGUGGGGGACGCGGACACUGUUGCAACAGUUGCUCCUGAGUGAAACCACCGAGCCUUCAAUUCCGGCGGGUCGUGUACACGAUGCGCCGGCCUACGCCACGCGAGGAUUCAUGCUGGAUGCUGGGCGCAAAUGGUACUCUCCAGCCUAUCUCAAAGACCUCUGCACCUAUGCCUCCUUCUUUAAGCUAUCCGAGUUCCACUACCACGCGACCGACAACUAUCCCCUUAGCCGAGGACCCAACGUGUCCUGGGAGCACGUCUACUCUCAGUUUUCUCUCCGACCAGACUCCCCCCAUCUGCAACCGCUGAUCCAGCGAGAGAACGAGACCCUCUCCCGGGCAGAGUUUGAGGAGUUUCAGGCGCACUGUGCCCAGCGAGGCGUCACGGUAAUCCCCGAAAUCGAAAGUCCUGGUCACUGCCUGUCAGUGACCAAAUGGAGACCCGAGCUAUCGCUCGAGUCGCAUGAUCUGCUUAACCUCUCACAUCCCGACACUAUUCCUCUCGUCAAAUCCAUCUGGGCGGAGUUUCUCCCGUGGUUUCAGACGAAGGAGGUCCACAUCGGCGCCGAUGAAUAUGACUCGACGCUUGCCAAUGAUUACAUUGGGUUUGUUAACGAGAUGUCUGAUUUUAUCUAUCAAAGCCAUAGAAAGUUCAUCCGCAUCUGGGGCACAUACGAGCCAUCCACGACCGAGGUCAUCCACAAGAACAUCACCAUUCAGCACUGGCAAUACGGCCAGUCCGAUCCGGUGGGGCUGGCCCAGGAAGGAUAUCAGAUCAUCAACUCCGAAGACUGGUGGGCCUACAUGUCUCUAAAGAAUAACCACGUUCCCAUCACCCCCGCCCCGUACCCCCAGUUCUUCAACAACACCCGUGUCCUGAACUUUGCCGAUAAAAAGGGCUGGCAGUGGACCCCCCAGCUAUUCAAUCCCGUUAAUGUGACCCAGCAGCCACUCACAAAGGCCGUGCGCGGUGCUAUUCUGGCAGCAUGGAAUGACAACGGCCCCGAUGCAACGACGCAACUUGAGGCCUACUAUGCGAUUCGCAACGGAAUUCCCCUCGUUGCCUCCCGCGCUUGGUCAGGUAGCCGUGGCCCGCGAUUACACGAGCCAACUCUGGAGGAGUCAAUUGGGAUCCUGACAUCCAAGGCCGUUUCCCAAAAUCUCGAUCGGCGGCUGCUCCAUCCAUCUAGUAACUUCCAUAGCCCAUUGAUCUCUUGGCAGAAGUCACGCCAUUCGCAGAGCAAGCAGGAGACUCAAUUGGGAUAUGGAAGCAAAGGGAUGAACUACACCCUUGAGCUCGAUAUAACCGGCCCCUUUACUCUAGUGUCUGGCGAUGGAACACUUGCCUUGUCUUCUAAUGGCCAGUUGAUUUUCACCGCGGAUGGCUGGCCCUAUCCCCUUCGUGCGGUGUCAGAAACCGAUGGAUUUGACCCUAUCGAACGAGGGCGGAUCUGGGCCAAUGCAACAAGUUCGACACAUGAGAUUAUUCACAUCCCUAUGAAUUGCCAAAUCACAAUUUCCACUGACCCGGCCAUAGGCAGUCGCGUGUGGGUCAACCGAGAGUUUGUUGGGAGAUUUGAAGUAUUUGUAUACGGCGGGAAAAAUCAGGUCUACUCAUGGAGCCAGAUGGCCUUUGUUGCGCCACUGGAGACGAUAUAUGGAACAGGUCUAGAAAGAUUGACCCUCUCUUCAUAUCACCUCCCUUGGUAA